CUCAAGCAGCGAGGCUCAAACAGGUUUCAGCCACGAUUUCUGUGCUCACCCCGCGUCCAGGCACCAUGGCCCUCCGCGGUGCUUUGCAGCUCUCACGCUUGCGUAUGAUGAAGAUUGAGCUGCCGGAGUUCUCGAAGAGCCGCUUCGCACGCAGAGCCAACAUGAUGGACGAGGACCGCGUGAAGUGGUACAACUGGAACCUGGCCUGCAUCGUACUGACCGCGGUGCCAUUGACAUGGAUGUGGACUGUGAACUAUCGCACCUGUGAAGAGGUGGAGAUGAUCUAUCGCACCAUGGAUCCUAUGGGAACCCUCAAGUUCAAGUACGACUUGAAACUCUUUGGAUCAUAGGAGAGAAGUGAGCGAUGCGCAGGUAGAGUUCUUUGGUGUGUGCUGUUCCGCGAGUUCAGCCACCACCAAGACGUAAACUAAAGAGUCAGAACAUGUCAG